AUGUCGACGCCGGAGAUCGAGGAGAGCCCCGUCUACGCGCUCAGCAACGCGGCCGAGGAGUUCGUGCUGGUGUCGGGGGCGAGGACGGGGAAAUCGCUAGGGCUUUUCUGUUUCAAGAGGGAGGAUGCUGAGGCGCUUCUUGAUCAGAUGAGGUCGGUGAGUCGAGAGAUGCGGGAGGGGUCGAGAGUUGUUCCUGUGGCCCUCAACAAGGUAUUCCAACUUAAAGUUGAUGGGGUCGCUUUUAGGCUUAUUCCUGAUACUCAUCAGGUUGCAAACGCCAUUAAGGAAAAGGAGAAGAUUGGUGAUACUGUUGAGGAUUUCCCUGGAGUACCAGUUUUUCAGUCAAGGAGCUUGGUUUUGAGGAGCCAGAAUAGGAGAUAUCGCCCAGUUUUCUUCAGAAAGGAGGAUCUUGAAGAGUCACUUCAUAGGGCUUCUCGUCAGCAGAAUCAAUUAAAUCCUGCAUUCAGGAGGGGGGACAUUCAGGUUUCGAUUUUGGAGGACAUAAUCAAUUCGAUGAAGGUUUUAAUGUCUCAGUCGAUGAGCAGGGGAGAAUUGCAACAGCUUAGGUUCUGAUAAACUGAAACGAGUGGUUCCAGGCCAAGAGAGAAAGCAACGGUUGUUGCGUAAUUCUUCGCUGAUAAAUGGAAAGAUUUGGAUUGAAGUAUUUCGUUGCAACUUGGCACAUACCUUAUUGCAGGAAUCUAGAGUGUUGUAUUGUAAGUCCUGUUCUAGUGUUCUCAUGGAUGAGCUUUUUUCUGUUGUUUUGCUAGGGUGAUGCUUGCUGUAAUUAAAAUUUUAUAUUAUUUUUGUGACGGUCGUGUGUUUGAACUUUUUCUGUUGCAAAGACUUGUGCUCUUUUUUGUUGUUGUU